GCGACGCCGUUUGUUAGGUUGCCUGGCAGCGCAGUUAUGUUCGAACUGUAAAUGUAACAAGUUACGAAGUGCUGAAACGAUUCUCGCUUAGUUCGAGCCUUAGUGUCAGCGCGUGUUUUAACACCUUACGCAAACAUCAUGGCUGACUCAGAAAAACAGCCCGAACAACCUAAGGCUGUUCAGCUUAAAUUAGUCAUCGCAAAUAAGGUUAUGGGAACAGUGAAGUGGUUUAAUGUCAAAAGUGGAUAUGGUUUUAUCAACAGAAAUGACACCAAGGAAGAUGUUUUUGUCCAUCAAUCGGCUAUUAUUAAAAACAACCCAAGAAAGGCCGUGCGCAGUGUUGGCGAUGGUGAGGUCGUCGAAUUUGACGUAGUCAUUGGAGAAAAGGGUCACGAAGCCGCUAAUGUGACCGGACCAUCUGGUGAAGCAGUAAAGGGUUCACCCUACGCUGCUGAUAAACGUAGGGGUUAUCGCGGAUGUCAUUGGAUAUAUCCACGACGUGGAAACGUUCGAUCACAACGUCGACCACCACGCGAAGGACAAGAAGGAUACGAAUCCGCUGAUGGAAAAACGGGUGAAGAAGGGAAUACCAACGAGAGUGGUGGCCAGCAACGUCGUUAUAGACCACGACGUAAUUAUGAUUAUUAUUACACCCCGGCUAAUCGGCAUUCCGGGUCUAACCAGCAGCAACAAGGUGAAAAUGCUGGUGAGGGUGGUGAGCAAGGAGGAAAAGGUACCGGCGAGGGAGGUGCUCCACGUGGUGGCGGACGCGGUCGUGGAGGACCACCACGACGUUUCUUCCGCCGAAACUUCCGCGGAGGAAGAGGUGGUGGACCACCUAGACGCCCACGCAACCAGGACGGUCAGGUGACCGAUGACGAAGUUGGUGCCGGCGAGGGUGGACAAACAGAUGGUGUACAAAGAAUUCCACGUCCUCGAUACAGACGACGAGUACCAACAUCUCGACUAAAUAAUAGCCAGCAGACGGCAAAUAAAGAAAAUCUACGACCUUCUGCUGUUAACAAAAUUCAUCCUGCCACUUCUAAUUCCCAGACACAGAAUAUUAUCACCACCAUCACUACCAAGACACUUCCUGAAGUUUCCGAUAAGCACAUCAAAUCGGAGCAGAAGUCGGAUGCACCUAAAGAUAAGGAUGCACCUGCCGCUGCCCCUGCUCCACAGGAAAGUCAACAGGUGCAAAAUACCACCACUGAAAGUACUGCUUAAAGAAGAAGUAAAAAUUGCUACCAACACUACAGAUAUCAAUCCUUUUAAUAAAUAACACCAACGACACCCGUUAUACGCCGAAGCAAAUAGCAACAGCAGCAUAAUAACAUCAGCAGAAUGCAGUAAAGCAACAGCAAACAGCAACAGCAAGCAGCAAUACAAGCAAAAGCAGCAAUAAAAAGCAACAGGAAUAAAAAAAAAAGUAAAAUAACAUAAAAAAAAAUAUUAAAGAAGCAUUCAAAAAGAGAAGAAAAGAAAAAAUAUAUUUCACAACAACAGCAAGAACAAAAAAUCACAAAUAAGAAAUUAGAAAAACAACAACAACAAAAACACGACUCCACACUCUCCCCACGAAAAUUAAAAACUUUGGGGUAUGUAACGGCUAAUAAGAACGCCCUCUCCCCCCACCCGACCCCCGCUAAAGAGGUAAACAAAAAGAAAAAUAAGAUUUUUUGACGAGAGGCCGGAUUGAAGAAAACACAUGGGGUAUUUUUCAAAUGAUAAAAAGCAUUAAAAAAAUUUAUUCCACUUUAAGUAACCAAAUUUUACUUUUGUUUUUUCCAUAUUAUAUAUUUAUAACUUGUUUACUAUAACAACACGCAGCUAAUAAUACGUAUGCACUAUGUGUUGCAUCAUUAUUAAAGAAGACUCGACUCAAAGGUUUCAGAUUGAAAAACAAAAAAAAAAAAACAAAAAAAAAAACUCUCAGGUCAAAGAAUUUAUAUUUAACGUUUGAGUUGUAUCAAUAAAUAGACAAUUCAAAUUGUUCCUAAGAUCUUUCUCAACAAUUUGAAAUGUUUAAUUAAACUCUCGCGAGUUGAUUUAAUAGUAAUUAAUAACUAUGAAAAAUAAUAACGUUAUAUAUCCACUUCGUGGUGUGGACAAAAAACAUAACAAUACAAAACAAAACUAAACAAAAAAAAAAACAAAACAAAACCAAAAAAUGAAAGCAAAAAUUAUCUGUGCUCUGGUGUUAAUUGUUUUAAGGUAUACCGAAUAAUAAAUAAAUAAUAGGGACGACGAUACCGAGAAGAUGAACGAAUUCUCGUGUGUGUAUGUGUGCGCAUGCGUGCGUGCGUUAAAAUCUAAUUGAUUUUUUAAGAUGUAAUAAUGAAUUUUUAAUUGAAAAUUGUUUCAAAAUAUUUGAAAGAAAAAAAAAAAAAAAAAAAAAAAAAAAAAAAGAAAAAAAAGAAGCAUAUGUUAUUGAAACGAUAAUCGCUAAUGAAAAUUCUUUUCAGAUAAUAUAGAAUUUUUACCGAACUCUCUUACUUAGGAAAAAUAAAUAAAGAAAAAUAGGAAAUGAGGAAAAAAAUACCGAUGCGUUUGUACGAAGCAAUAAUUAAACAAACAAAAAAAAAACACAAAAAAAGCGACUGUUUUGUCUGCAGUAAUAAAAAUGAUUAAGUUUUGUUCACGUUUUAUCGUAUUCAUUAGUGCAUACACACGCGCACUCACAUAUGUUUAUAUAUAACAUAUAUAUAUAUAUAUAUGUGUGUGCGCGCGUAUUCUUUUUUUUAAUUUUCUUUUUCGGUUUUUCUCAUAAAACUCAUUGAAAACGUUACUUGUACAAUAUCUUUUUAUUUAUUUUUUUUUUUUUUUUUUUUUUUUUUCAUUUUUUUUCUCGAGUUUGUUGAGAUUUUUCCCAUUUCUCUUUUUGCGCUGUUUAUUUAAAAAAAAAAAAAAAAUAAUAAUAAUGGUCGUAAUUAUACAUAAUUUUUCCGAAGUAUAAAUAUAUAUUGCAAAAAUGUUAAAAAAAGAAAAAACUGAUAGGAAUAUUCAAAGCGAGUUAAUAAUAAAACUUUCAAAUCGUUCGUCUUUUCGUACCGUGGAUUGAGGAAAAUCAUUAGUUAAAAAAAAAUCAUUUGUAUUAGAAAAGAAAGAAAUCAAUUAUAAUCAUUUAAAAACCUUUUUUCUCCUCUUCAAUUUUAAUAAAAAUUCUUUUCUUUUUUUUAAUUAUAAAAUAUUUUCUUAUUAAUGAAUCUUAUACACCAACAGUCCAAAUAUAAAUCAUGUGCGCCCAAUCAAUGUAAAUGCGUUGGUAUAAAAAAAAAAAAACAAAAAAAGAAACCAACCAUCAUCAUAA